GACGCGGUGCCCAGCCUUUUCCCCAGUCGUUGCGGUUCCCCUGGCUCCUGUGUGCUCCCGGCGCUGGGGCGGUCCGAAGGCUGGCGGGUGGGCAGAGACGCGGUGAGGAGUUCUGCCGGGUUACCUGCAGGAGUCACUGUGAGGCUCGAGCUGUGCUUGCAACAAAAGCUUGGAUAUCUGGAAAGGUUCUUCCCGCAGAGGGUGGUCGGGCACUCGAACAGGAUCCCCGGGGAAGCGGCCACAGCCCCAAGGCUGACACAUUGUGAAGAGCAUUUGGACAACACUCCCAGGCACAUGGAACUUGGCUUAACUUUUCCUUCCCAAACACACAGCAGCAAAAUUGUGCUUUACAGGCUGUUCAAAGCACAUUUGGUUGCUGCUUCAUCUGUCACUUGUUUUUUCUGCACAGGUGAGCAGUGGGUAUGGACAUGGACAGUGUGUUGUUCUCAGGCUCUUCUCUGCAGAGCCUUGCCAAACUGCUGCAUGAUGCACAAGACGAGGAUGAUGAUGAUGAUGAUGGUGUGCCACGCUGUUCUGUUGGUGCCAUGACUCCUGGGAGUGUUGGACCAGUAAAGAAAGAGACCACCAGUACUUUUCAAGUGAAAUCUGAAAACAAGAAAACCAUUUGGAAUACAGAGGAGGUCCCAGAAGGAUCUGAAUUUGAUGAUACCUGGGACCCUAGAGAAAAGCCAGAGUAUGAGAUUUUCUUCAAGCAGCAUGUGGGAACAGAGGAUGUCUUCUUUGGGAUGACGGGGAAAGACCCCUCCACAGCCUGCUGUGAGGAUAUAGUGAUUAAAAUCAAGCUGCCAGACACGAAGUACUCAGACAUCACGUUAGAUAUCCAGGACAAGGUUCUUGACCUUCGAACUCCCAAAAAGAAGCUGCUGCUGCACCUCCCCUACCCUGUGAACAGCAAGGAGGGUAGAGCUCGUUUUCUCUCUGACGAGGAGACCUUGGAAGUCACCUUGAGAGUAUCAAGGAAGUUUGAUUUCAUAAAUUCUUCUGAUGAAUAGAGAGAUAGAGAGAGUUUGCAAAAACUAAGGUUCUGGUUAGAAGUGUUUUUGAAACCCAGCUUGUUCUGCAGUAGUAGAUUGUUUCCCUUGAACAGUCCAGGGGGAAUGUCUCUGGAGAAAUUAGUCAGGAGGAGCACAGCACCCACAGGUUCUAAAAGCUGAUGCUGUCUGGCUCUUACACUGCUCUGGUUAACUUUCUGGUUCCUUCAGUCUGAUACAGACCCUGUGAAUCAGAAAGUGGGAGAUUUCUGGAAGCCAGAGAAAGCCUUUUGUGUGGUUGUGGCUGAGAAGUAGCACAGUGAGGCUCUGGACAAUGAGUCUGGUGCUUUGGUACCGUUUCAAGACUUGCAACUGUUGUCUUUGCUUGGACUCCAGUGCUGGGACUGGGGCCAGUUCAGAAUCUUCUCUUACCUAUUUCUUGGUGAGAAGAUCAAAGUUCUUCAGGGAUCCAUAUGCACAUCUGAGGCUCCUUUACGCUGGCAGAACAAGUUAACCAACUGUAGUUGGAUUGCUGAACGUCUCAGCUCUUUUGAACAGUUUUUGACAAUUAAUGGUUCAGUGUUGUCUAUUCACCUGCUGUCCCUCCAGCUAUUCUUCUGAUCUUUCUUGAUUAAUAAAAUAAUAGGUUCUAAGGAACAGUUCCAGUUA